ACAUCCAUUCUAAUCGAUGAAUUACAACGUGAAACCGAAGAGGAUAAAUGUACUUUAGAAAAAGCUAAGACAAAAUGUCAAACUAUUCUUGAUGAAAUUGAAGAAUGUCAAGUGAGUGAAAUACUCCCAACAUUGGAAAGUUUUAUUUUGCUUUUUUUCAAAAACAAACAAUAA